AUGGCCGACGCUCAGUUGGCCCCGUCCCCCCUGAGGGAGGCUGACCAGAGCCUGGAAAAUGAGAAACUCAAGAAGCCAAACCCAAUCUCAGUCUCGAAUGGCACCAAAUUGGCCUCACCCUUCCCGUCUCCUACCGCCACAAACCGACCCGCCUCUCUGAGACAACCUCCGCCGACAGGCGCCGCAGAGACUGAGAAGGCGUCGGAAACAAAGGAGCCAUCAAAACCAAGCGGAGCAACUGCCUCGAAGAAGGAGAACCUGCGUGCCUCCUCGACGCAACGUGGCUCUCCAAAGGACCAUCCCUCCCCCGGGCACUCGACUGCCGAACAAUGA